UCAAAACACCCAACCAAACCGAAUACGAAAAAACGCCAUAUCUCUCUUCGCCCCUGUGGGUUUAAUUGUUUUUUAAGCUGCUAGCUGUGAUUUUUUCGUUCCGUUCUUUUUCCUUGUCUCUAGAUUAUCGUACAAUCGGUGAAAAAAGGCGAGCGACGCCAUUGUAAAUCAUAAAUUAAGUUCAUUGAAUAUUUUCCCUGCAAAAUCCAGCAAUGAGCUUAAUCAAUUUUCUCAACGCAAAACUCAAGCCCUUGGUAGAGAGUGAAGCCAUUUGUGAGGAUGCUUACUCCAUUAGUAAUCUGAUUGCGGACGAUGUCCAGCAGCUGAAUCGAGGGUUUAUGGCCUUUAAUGUGACCAAACCACCGGUGGACAUUUUCUUUGAGUUUCCCAAGGCCAUUGAUCUGAAAAUCAUCAAAAUCUGGAACACAAUUGGGUCGAUGAGGUCAACAGCAUUCGAGAUACACGGUAAGGUGGACGGGGUGUACGAGCGAGUGGGCUAUGUAAGAGAUCUGCGUGGAGAUUCGGUCACAUUUUGCUAUCAGAGUGACUACUCAAGUCGAAACAGCAAUCAGCAAUGCGAGAAGGCCUUCUUCUUCAAGACAGCCAGCAAGAUUCUCUCAAAUUGCACCACUAUCAAGGUCACAAUCAAGGCAACGCAGCGCUGCCCACCCGUUUUACAGAAGAUCCAGAUCUGGGGACUGCCAGCAAAGAGCCUCGAGAAAGCAGAUCGGGAACUCGUGAAAACCAUAUGGAAUGAGGUCAUCAAUCCACCAGGCGCUCGGGAACGCGAAAAGGGGCAACGUUCGCCUUCGAGAAACUUCCCCGAGUUGUGUGAGUCAUCGCAGCUGCGAGUUCCAGAAGAAUUCCUCGACGCCAUCACAUGGGAGUUGAUGGUCUUCCCGACUGUAUUGCCCUCGGGAAAGGUGGUUGACCAAUCGACAAUUGACAGACAUUCGGAGGUCGAGGCCAAAUGGGGUCGACUGCCUUCGGAUCCCUUCACAGGCCUGGAAUUCUCGUCACACCGCAAAGCUAUCCUCGAUCUGGCACUGAAGGCGCGCAUCGAGAAGUUCCUCAUGGAGAAUUCGGAACACUUCAAGACUGUCCCUCGCACACUGGGCAGCAGUCGGGUGCGUCGCAGCAAAAAUCGCCACGCCUCAUCCUUCGCCAGCGACCGCGAUCCAUCAAUCACGCCUUGCAAACGACAGAAACUCGAAGACUCGCUCUAUCGACCGUCGAUGCCCCAUCCCACGACUCUCACCUCCAACGUCGACACAGCCAUCAGCAUGGCCCUACAGAGAAUCACCCGAUUCACCACCAAGCCGGCCGAGAUCAAGCGCACCACCUGCAUCGGCUGCAAAUCCGAAGACUACUCAUACGAGAUCCAGACUUGCAAGCAUCUGGUGUGCCGUGUGUGCCUCGUCCACCUGACCCGUGACCAAAUGUGCACAUGCAAGACCAGCUUCAGAUCCUCGGAUGUCGAACGACAUCAUAAGUAAACAUCGUCGUCGUCGGUAUGAGCAGUGAGCACAACCCAACCACAAGGAGGAACCAACAAAAACCGUGCCUGUGGCGUUCUAGGAAAUACUUUUAUUUUACUUUCUGUUUUAAGUUUUCUCCUUCUCCCUACGAGAAGAACGUAGAGUGUACUGUAGACCCAUGAGCUCUCGUCUAUCUAUCUAUCAUCUAUUACUGUAUCUGUAUCUCUUCUUAUGAACUCAUGAGUACGCUACAACCAGGUAUUCUUACACACUACUAGUAAUGUUAAGCGAUCAUUUAUUAACCAAGAAGUUAGUCAAUAGAUAAUAAUAAUAUAGAUUCAUAAUUCAUAAAAUAAAAAUACAAAAACAAAACAUAUAUUGGGAAUUAUAAUGUUACGAACAAAAAUAAACAAAAAAAGAAAAUUAACCUUAAAUUAAAAAACAAUUAAUAAAAAAUUAAAUUUUCUGCUUUUGCGAAGA